AUUAUUGCAAAUAGCAUAGAAUCAUAUCAUGAAGAUAUAACAUUUCAGAUGAUGAAAUCUGAUAAAAUUUCAAAGCUAGAAUUAUUCUUUCCAGAAAGAGAUACAGUAGUUAUAUUCAAAGAUUUAUGUGCUGAUUCAAAGAAG